CAAAAGUUUGCGCUUUCCUGCACAAGAGUCUGAGAAAUUUUAAGACAGGCCGACAGACUCUUUGCCAAAAAAAGAAGAAAAAGCUGGCGCCUGACUGGAAGAGUUAAGAAGCGCGCGGCUAUUGCCGCCACAAGCACAAGGCAGGGAAGAAAGGGAGCAGCUGCAGCGAAAGGAGAAUUGAAAGAGUAUAGAUACCGAGACACAGACCACAACCACCCACCCCGCACACAUCCCACCACCCACAGCCCACCAUGGACUAUCACUACUUUGAUGAACCGGACUAUAUAGACAUUGCGGCUUCCGAGGAUGAAGAAGCGGACGAGGACGAGCCGGAGAGCUAUAUUCACCCGCGAGUUAUGUAUGGCCGGGACCAAAAUCCACACGAGCACCUGGACCAGCUGCACAAUGAGGGCAGUAGGGUGUCAGCCAUUGACCCAGUGGUUGAGCGCCUGCGGGACACCUUUGAGUUCUGUGUGCUGCCCUCGUGGCAUCAGAUUCUGUAUUAUUUGGCGCCCUUGCUGCUCUGCUGUUUGGCGUGCCGCCUGCUAAGCACACUCUAUGCGUAUCAUCGUUUUCCCGAGGCUGACAGGCCGCGAGUACGGCCCAACACCAUGGCUGUGGCUCCACUGCAUCUCAUCUCGGCCCUUAGUGGACUGGUCAUGCUCUACGUAACCCUGGGACAGCGGCUCUGGGUGCUGGUGCUCCUCAGCAGCCUAAGCUAUGGGCUGCUGCAGUUGGUGCGGUUAGGCAGCGGCCAACGAGGAGCACUGGCCAUCGCCCUGAUUACCAUUGGUAGCCAGUUUUCGUACGAGCUGCUGUGGCAUCAGCCCGCUGCCUGGACACAGCUGCGUGGACUGCAAAUGGUGGCCAAUAUGAAGGUGAUCUCGUUGGCUUUCGACAUGGCAGAGAUGGGAGCGGUUAAACAAUUGAUGCCCAGCAUUCUCGCCUACCUCGGCUACAUUUUUAACCCGGCGACAUGCAUGCUGGGUCCCUGGAUCUCCUACACAGCCUAUUUGCAGUGCUUGGGCACGAACACACUGGCGCGCUGGCGUUCCCAGUUGUUCCGGGCGCUGCUGCAUGUGAUCUUCUGUGUGCUAGCCCUGGCCAUGUCCAAUUGCAUUUGUCCGACGCUGAACGAGUUCGACAGCCACUACAUGCUGGCCACUCCUAAUCUGUGGCAAGUCUGGAUGACGUGGGUGGGCGCCUUAGGCGUUCGCUCCAGCCACUACUUCGUCAGCUAUCUGAGCCAGGCGAUGCUGAUCACGGCUGGCCAAUCGCUGGAGAUGGACCGUGUCACAGUCCCCGGACGUGAUCGCCAGCAGGUCUGUGACGCUUGGACUAUCGAGUGGCCGUACUCGCUGAGCGUGCUGGUACGCAAGUGGAACAUUCCGAUGCACGAGUGGCUGAAGCGUUACAUCUAUGGCCGGAUGAGAGGACGUGCCCAGCAGCACACCAUAGUGGCAGUGUUCUGCACCUACCUUGUCUCCUCGCUGCUGCACGGCAUGGAUCUGCGCAUCUAUUUGGUGCUGCUGUCGCUGGCCACGUUCGCCAAUGGCGAGGUGAUGCUGCGUCGCCACCUGGCCACCUUGACCCGAGCCUGCAUUAUGGCCAAUCCCUGCAUGGGCAAGGACAGAUGUCGCUACACACAUUGCCCGUCCAAACGAGGCUGGGGCCAUUGGAGCUCUUGGCUGGUAAUGUUCGUGAAUCUCAUGUUUAGGCUGCUCGCCAUGUUCCAUCUGGCCUAUCUGGGCGUGGUGCUGCUAAAUGAUUCUCUGACUGACUCGCUGGAAAUGGAGGAUGGGGAAAUGCCCUUUCUGUGGCAUUGGUGGUCGUCUGGUUAUCUAAGUCACUACAUUGGAUUGGGCACCUUUGUGCUCUAUCUCUUUAUAUCCUAAAGUGGGAAUGUAUGUAUGGGAAUUAUGUCCACAUAUGUAUGUGUAUCUAGUUUUAAUGGAAUUUCUUGUAAGGAAUGGCGGAGGCGCCCGGACGCUCCUUGUGAUUGUAAUGGUAUUACCUACUACAUAUUUACAUGCAUACGUAUACACCUAAUAUACAUACAUACAUACUGUAUGUGUCUAUACAUAUUUAUAUCUUUAUAUAUAUAUAUACAUACCUAUACACCCCCAUAUGGGGGAAAAGCAUACAUGUACUGAUGAUACGCACUGUGAAUUUAUUUGUAUUUGUACUCAUAUUUGUAAUUGUUUAAGCUGUGGCAAUGUUUCUUAUAUACUUACAUGCAUAUAUACAUACGUGUUUUAUGUGUCUAUGUGUGCUUAAUACAAUUUUCAAGAC